ACUGCUUCCAACAUGAAGCUUGUACAUGUUGUUCCGUUACUUUUCUGCUUUCACUUAAGUUUUUGCAAGCUUACUUCAGCAUCUGAUGCAUCUCAAGAAGAUCUGGUAGACCGAAAGUGCCUCGCUGAACAAUACACACAUCUCUCCUGCAGUAAAGUCUUCUGCCAGCCAUGGCAGAAGUGCAUCGAGGGGACCUGUGUCUGUAAACUCCCUUACCAGUGCCCCAAGAACGGUACCGCGGUGUGUUCAACCAACGGGAAAAGCUACCCCACUUACUGUCAGCAGAAGAGUUUUGAGUGUCUUAAACCACAGGCAAAGUUUUUGAAGAGUGGAACAUGCACAGGUGGAGAAACAUUUAGCGUUUCCUUGAAUUAUGGAAAUACGGAUACAGAUGGAAUUGUUGAAGUCAAACUUGCAGACCAAGAUGAGAAGAUAUUUAUCUGUAAGAGCAGCUGGGGCAUAACUCAGGCCAACGUGGCCUGCCUGGACCUGGGGUUUCCACAGGGUGCGCUCGAAGCUGAAAGAGAGUUUCACGUGCCUGCACAUCUCCACGAAAAUCCCCCUGAGUGUGUGCACGUGCAGUGUCGAGGACUCGAGACCAGCUUGGCUGAGUGUACUUUUACCAGGAAAGCCAUUGCUCACGAGGGCUUGGCCGGUGUGGUGUGCCACACAGCCGCGACAGGGUGCCGGGGCCAGGCGUUCUGGUGCAAGUCCGGCGUGUGCCUCCCAAGCCAGCGCAGGUGUGACGGGGAGGUGGACUGCAUCGCUGGCGACGACGAGGUCGGCUGUGGAGGUGUUUCAUAUCUAGCCCAAGAAAAACCAACGUAUUUGACUGCUGAUAUGGAUGCAGAAAGAAAACGGAUUAAGUCAUUUUUCCCUAAACUCUCCUGUGGAGUUAGAAACAGCAAGCUGGUUCGGAGGAAACGCGUGGUAGGAGGAAGGCCAGCGAGCGUGGGACAAUUCCCAUGGCAGGUGGCGAUCAAGGAGAACGAGAAAAUCAGUUGUGGAGGCAUUUAUAUCGGUGGCUGCUGGGUCCUGACGGCAGCACACUGUGUCAGAGCCAGUAAAGUGCACCGGUACCAGAUAUGGGCAUCACUGGUGGACUGGAUAAGGCCGAACUCAGAGACACUGGUUCAGUAUGCAAAUAAAAUCAUCGUCCAUGAAAACUACGCGGGCACCACCUACAAAAAUGACAUCGCUCUGAUCGAGCUGCGAAAACGCCCGAACCAGCAGGAGUGCGUGCUGCCCAACUCUGUCCCCGCCUGCGUGCCCUGGUCGCCCCAUCUGUUCCAGCCCGGCGACAGGUGCGUCGUUUCUGGCUGGGGCCGAGAGAAAGAUAACCAGAAAGUCUUUUCGCUUAAGUGGGGCGAAGUUCACAUAAUAAACAACUGCUCCAGGUUUUACCCCGGCCGCUACUUUGAAAAGGAAAUGGAGUGUGCAGGCACGGAGGACGGGUCCAUCGAUGCCUGCAAGGGCGACUCCGGAGGCCCCUUGGUCUGUGAGGAUAUCAACAACGUGACUUACGUGUGGGGUGUUGUGAGCUGGGGUGAGAACUGUGGAAAACCGGAGUUCCCAGGUGUCUACACCAAAGUGGCCAAUUAUUUUGACUGGAUCAGCCAGAAAGUGGGAAGGUCUCUCAUUUCUCAGUACAAUGUAUAACCUAUAACCGGCGACUUCCCUCCUCACGCCACUCUCUCUGAGGCAUUCUCCUUCAAGUUGAAACAUUCCUGCAUAAUCGGGGGAAAAAAUAAAGCAGAUUUUAUUGGGUAUCAGUAAAGGUCUGUGUAGUUUAUGCCAUUUUGAAAUUCUGCUGUAAAAUUCUGAAACACAUUUCAGGCACAGACAGAAAGUGCCCAUGC